CUCUCCCAAACAGCUGCAUCCUGUGGACCUCUGGCAGACGUUGGACGCUGAAAGUCUCUUUUUAUUCCACCAACCUGCCUCAGAAACGUUUCCCUGUUACGCUGGUCUCUUUAACUUUACUGUUGUUCAGCUUUUAUAAAUAAAAUAGAGACGAAAUGAUGGAAAAUAGCUUUUUAAAACAUGUCAGCAUGAUGGAAGUGAAGGUGGCUAAUAUUAAAAUGAGCCUUUAACAGGUCAGUCAGGUCGAUGUUUCAUGUUGUCAGGCUUCCAUGCGCCUUUUUAUGUGUUUUAUCGUCUUGGUAAACCCCCCAGAGUGAAUAAUGGUGCCAUUAAAGAGAAGGAAACUGGUCUCCUCUCAUACUGGGAGCACUGGGACUGAGGUCAAGUUCCCUCGCGUUGUUUUGUUUCUGUUGGAGAGAAAAAUGGGAGCAAGCCGGAGAAGUUUUCUGUCUCAGCUCGGCAGAAAGAAAGGAUUCCAAGUGGAGGAGAAGUUCAGUGAAAACGUCACUCAUGUCAUAUCAGAGAAUAACUCGGGUUCUGAGGUCAGGGCGUGGCUCGACUCACAGCCCGGCUCUCCAACACCUUCACCUCACCUGCUCGACAUCAGCUGGUUCACAGAGAGCAUGAGGGCGGGACUUCCUGUUCAAAUACUCGAGACACAUAAACUUCAGGAGCAGCAGAGUCCCGAGGAAGACGUGGUCUUGUUCUCCGUCCCGAGCUACGCCUGUCAGAGGAGAACAACUCUGGAGAACCACAACGCCGUCCUCACAGACGCUCUGUCUCUCCUGGCUGAAAACUCUGAGCUCAGCGGGGACGAAGGACGAGGUGUUGCGUUUCGCCGAGCCGCCGCCGUGCUGAAGUCUCUCCCUGAAGCGGUGACAAGCAUGACGCAGCUCAGAGGGCUUCCCUGUCUGGGAGAUCACUCACUCAGAGUCAUUAAAGAUAUUCUGGAGAACGGAGCUUCAAGUGAGGUUGAAUCCACAAAGCAGUGUGAGCGGUACACUGCCCUGAAGGUUUUAACAGGAAUCUUUGGCGUCGGAUCAAAAACAGCAGACCGGUGGAUCAGAGACGGGAUACACAACCUUCAGCAGUUACAGGACUCAGGGCAAACUCUGAAUCGAGCUCAGCAGGCAGGUCUGGAGCACUACAACGACCUGAAACAGCCGGUCACGAGAGCAGAGGCAGACGUCAUCGCAGAGAUCGUGGAGAGGACGGUUGUUUCUGUUUUACCAGGCGCUCAGAUGACUCUGAUUGGAGGAUUCAGGAGAGGAAAGCAGAGCGGUCAUGAUGUUGAUUUCCUGAUAACUCACCCAGAGGAGGGCAGAGAGGUGGGACUGAUGCCUAAAAUUGUCUCCUGCUUGGAAGAACAGGGGUUCCUGUUGUACCAGAAAACCACCAGAAACUCUUACCUGGAGUCUAAAGAUGGUCCUGGCCGGCCGUCCUCCAACAUGGACCGCUUUGAGAGAUGUUUGUCCAUCUUUAAACUGAUCAAGGACGAGAAACGAGGGAAUAAAACAUCAGAAACACUGACUGAAAACGGCGUACAGACUCUUAUUGGAGAUCUCCAAUCACAUUCACACGCUUUGAGCCAGAGACACUCCGGAGAGCAAAGUCAUAAGACGUCUGAUAAGGAUGAAGAUGAAGGAGAGGAGCAGCUGAAACCUUCCCGACACAAACCAUGGCGAGCAGUGAGAGUGGACCUGGUGGUGUCUCCGAUCAGUCAGUAUGCUUUUGCUUUGCUGGGAUGGACCGGCUCGAAGUUGUUUGAGAGAGAGCUGCGACGGUGGGCGGGACAUGAGAAGUCAAUGUCUCUGAGCAGCCACGCCCUGUACGACAACAAACAGAAGCGAUAUUUAAGAGCAACAUCAGAGGAAGAGAUAUUCGCUCAUCUUGGUCUGGAGUUCAUUCCUCCGUCUGAGAGAAACGCCUGAUUGGACCUGAUGAACUCCAGGAGAGACAUGCAAGAAAGCCUGGGACCAUCUGAAGUUAGAAGAGAGGGUUAAUGAAAUCAGCUGGCGGUAAACAGCCGUGCUUUUGCACUGUUGGCUUCAGGCACCAAAAGUGUAUUCCUCUGAGCAACAUCCGUAAUGUACAAAUAUUAAAAGAAACAAUCAUGACCAGAAUGAUGCAUAAAGGCCAACUUAAAGAUUAAAACAAUUGUGAGAAAUGUAAUUUUUAGCAAAAAUGUUAACAGUUUUUAGAUCAAAAAGUUGUUUAUGUACAAGAAACAAACUCAGAAUUUUAGAGUUUAAUAAGUUGGAAAUUUACAAGAAAAACAUGCAAUUCUCAAGUUUAAAAAGUCUUAAAUUUUGACGAUAGAACGUCAAAAAUAAUGUUCUAAAAAUCCUACAUUUUCAGCAGUGUGAAGCAAAACUUGCCAAGAAACCAAACUGAAAAUAAUAGUUAGAUGUUUGACUUUUUGACUCUAUAAUCUCAAAAAUACUAUAUGUUGUUUCACUUACAUUUACAACUUUUAAAGUAAUAAAUAUAGAUUCUUUUCUUGUAAAUGAAAGAAUUUUUAAACUCAGGUGACCCUAAUACAUGGUCAUAAUAAUGAAUAGUUAUACAUAGAUCAUAAGUGUAUGUAGGGCUAUUAUGUCGGGAGUUUGUCAAUGAAAACAAUUAAAAUUGAUGUUAAAUUUUUCCAAGUGGGUCUUGGGGGGCUUAGCUUUUCUUGGAUAUAUGUAGGGGGGCCCUAAAGAAAAAAGGUUGGGAAUCACUGGUAUAGACGAUGCAUUUGAAGGGUUUUACGUCUGUGUUGGGCAUUCAGAGACCAAGCAGUAAUCCUUAACGCUACCUGUGGAUGCACCUUAGAGUAAUUUGAUAUCUGAGAGCUCGGACUGCAUGCAAAGGUGGGCAGGGAUGGCUUUAUCUGGACUGGAUUGGCUGUGCGGACACAUCACAUAAUGGCACACAUUUAAGACUGGCCUACCAACAGAUGUGAUCUGUAUUCUGCUUUAUUUAUGCCCGUCCAGCCUCAUGAGGAGUGAUGAGAACUGCACCUCUCUUUAGAGAUCCAGAUUAUUUGUCUCAGCUCAGGAAUAAGACCUGGUCUUCCAUCCAAACAGCUCUUCAUUUGGAAAAAAAUUUGCCUUUUUUGUAUCUUUAAAGCAACAACAAUAAUAGAAAAAAGGGAAACCAUCCCAUUGCUCUAGAAAGUAGCCAGCUUGUCUGCAAACAACUUGAAUCGAGUUAUCAAUUCAAACUAGCCAGUACCACAGAAUAAUUUCUGAAUGGUUCACUGCUUCUUUUAAAAGCAUGCAACUAAAGCGCAGUCACUUGGUGUCUGAAUGCCCAGCAUGUAUCAGUAAUGCGAAAUGUAAACAGACUGUAAAUGUGGAGCUACUUUUGCUUCCUAACUGGUAUUAAUCAGACUCCUCACACCCUUCCCUGAUUUAUCAUUUACUCUCAUGUGACCUUUCUUUGGGAGAAAACAGAUCUUUAUCUUGAAUAGCAGAAGUUAACUGGCACUGCUGACUGUUUCAUCUAUGCUGUCUGAAAUUGCACGGCUAAAAUUCAUCAUUUUAUAAUCCUAAUGCUUUCUGCCAGAGGCCGACUAAUACUUCAUUGAUUAAUGGUGUUAUCAGCUCUUCAUGUUACCUGUUCAGAAGGAAAAUGCUUUUUUGCAAUGAAGCAUGCAUCCCCAUUUAUCUGGCUCUUAUGUGAUAUGCCUUUUAGGCAUGAUAAUGUAGACCAGUGAUUCUCAACCUUGGGGUCGGGACCCCAUUAAGGGUAGCGAGACACUGAGAGGGGGGUCUCCAGAUGCCUUAAAACAAACCCAUAAUAUUUUUAAGAUUAAAUAUUUGCCACUUGACAUCAAUUUGGCCAAAUUUUCACCUGUUUUUAUAAUUUUCCCACCAAUUUUAACACAUUUUUGCCGAUUAAAACCCAUUUUUGUCCAUUUUAAACCCUUUCUACCAAAUUUUUCCUGCCUGUUUUUGCCACUUUUUAAACCAAGUGUUGCCGGUUUCUGUAUAUCAUUGCCUCUUACUGCCUCUAUUAGCCGCUUUUUACCACCUUGUUGCCCGUUUGUGCCAAUUUUUACCUUUUUCAACCACAUUUCAUUGUUUAUUAUGGCCAUUUUUUGGCAGUUUAACCCAUUGCUGCCUAUUUUUCUGCCUCAGUUAACCCAUUUUUGCCACUUUAAACUCAUAUCGGCCACUUUUUAUUCCCCCUCUACUAACUUUUAUGCCUGUUCUGCCUCUUUAACUCAUUUUUGCCAUUUUGUGCUUAUUUUUGCCACUUUUGUUUAAUUUUUGCCGCUUUUAACUCAUUUUUGCUAGUUUCAAAAUCCCGUUUCAUCACCUUUCCCACCUAUUUUUGCCAAUUUCAACCCAUGUUAAUUCUGUUUUUAAGCAAAGGGAUUUACAUUUUGAAGAGGGCUACUUACUAUGACACAAUAGAAAUAAAAAU